AUGACAUUCCUGCUGCCGGGCGUGAGGUCGGCAGCGGCGCCUACUCAUCCGACUGCACCUGCACCGCAGAGUCAAGACGAGGAGCGCGCGGUACACCUUAUCAAGCUUCUAUAUUCCUGCGCCGCUGCGUUGGAUGAAGGGAAGAAGGAGCUGGCAAACAAGGGGCUAGAGAUGAUAUGCAGUCUCGCAACGGACGACGGCGAGCCCGUGCAUCGCCUCGUGGCUUCGUUUGCCCACGCUCUGGCGCGGCGCAUUGUCCAGCCAUGGCAGGGCGUGUGCCGCGCUCUGCAGCUGCCGACGACUACCCCGGCACCGGCGGCCGCCGCAGCACGCCGCCGCUUCGCUGUGAUGUGCCCUUUCCUCCGCCUCGCCGGGACCGCAGCGAACUAUGCCAUCAUCGACGCUGUGCAGAGCGAGAGGAAUGCCGUGCUCCACGUCGUCGAUCUCGGAGGCGCUGACCCCGGCCAGUGGCUUCUGCUCCUCUGCUUCUUUGCCAACCGCCCUGGGGCGAGCACACACCACCAAAUCCUCCGUCUGACCAUUGUCAACGAGGAGGACGAGUUCCUGUCCAGCACCGCUGCCCUCCUCGCCUUGGAAGCCGAGCACCUGCACGUCGGCUUCCAGUUCCACCCGGUGAAACUCCAUAUCGAUCAGCUGCUCAGCAUCGAGCCCCUCGAUGUCAGGAGCGGCGAAGCACUGGUUGUCGUCUCCACCUUACAGCUCCACCGUCUGCUCGCCGACGAGUUUGCAGAAGCGGCUACUUGUCCUCACGACAGGAAAGGAAAAAGGCAGGCGCAUGCUACCAUGACGAGGGCUGACGCGCUCCUCCGGAACCUAGCUGAGCUAUCGCCGAAGCUUAUGGUAGUGACGGAGCAGGAGGCCAACCACAACGGCAUGGAGUUUAAGGACCGGUUCGGGAACGCGCUCAAGUACUACGGGGCUCUGUUCGACGCCCUGGAGGAGAGCGUACCUGCGCGCGGGUCGGCACUGGAGCGGGCAGAAGUGGAACGGUGCUUGCUCCUGCCAGAGAUCAGGGAUAUCAUUGCCUGUGAUGGCGCGCAGCGCCUGGAGCGCCACGAGCAGAUGGUGCACUGGGCGGCGCGGAUGGAAGCCGCAGGAUUCGUGCCAGCGACAAUGAGCCCCGGCACCGUGGCGCAAACGGCGAUCCUAGCACGUAUGCUGGCCGGCGAUAGCAGGGCGUACAGGGUUUGCGGUGAGAAUGAUGGCCGAUGCAUCUUCAUCUACCGGGGCGACGUUCCGAUGUUCUCCGUCUCGACCUGGCGCACGGUGUGA